AUGAGUCUGGCAGAAUUGCGUUUGUCCAAGGCGGAGGAUGGCGCUUCUUGGGGUGCGGCAGUGGCGUGGAACAAGUAUCAAAUCUCGCCAGAGAAAAACGAGAAGAAGAUCGACAUCGUUUUCUGCCUCUUCUUCCUUCCCUUCUCUUCGGUGACAGCUUCAUAUUCGACCUACCGAAUACCGCAACUGCAAAUUGUGAAGAGGUAUGUGUAUCACAUUCCCCAAGAUGUGGACGAUCGGCCAGAAACCUGCCUCUGUCAUCCAUUUGGCCCCUUGAAUGUUCUUGCUGCCUCCCAAAACAUUCAACAACAUCUACCGUCCCAACACCACCAAGCACAUACCACCGCCGAUAACAUCAACUCUGCCUCCCCACCACCGCACUGCUGCGCUUCGCCCCUUCCUCUAAAGGAUAAAAGGCACCGCGCCUUUGACCAUUUCCCUCCCACAAACACAACCACUACUCCAAGUCUCUCUUCCGAAAGCCAAAAGCAAAUCGCCAGCGUAUCUCGGGCACGCGUCGCUUGUCUUUUGAGCAUAAUACAACCACUCGCAAUGCAUGCCAUGAAGCUUGCCCCCGCCCUUGUGGCGCUCGGAGCCCACCUUGUGUCUGCUCAGUCCGGCAUUUGCUCGACGGCCACAUACACCAUCACCGAUGCUGCCCAGGCUACCAACAUCCCCUGCCGUACCAUGCAGGGCUCUAUCGAGGUUUCCUCCGACCUGGCCGGCGUUGUACAACUUGACGGUCCUGAGACUAUCAGGGGCGACCUGAUUGUCAACAACGUCACGCAGCUCGUCAGGCUUUCGAGCAAUACUCUGGCCGCCAUCGAGGGCAGGUUCGAGAUGUCUGGUCUGACCGCCCUCUCCGAGCUUCAGUUCGCCAACCUGGCCACUAUUGGCGAGAUCCAUUGGCUCCACCUUCCUUUCCUCGGUGAAUUUUCUUUCGGCAUUGCGGGUGUCACCAACGCCAAGAGCGUUCGCAUCAGCGACACUUUCCUCGGCAGUCUCGAUGGUCUCAACCUGGGUACCGUCGAUUCUCUCCACAUUAACAACAACAACCGCCUCGUCUCGUACAGCACUCAGCUUGCCAACGUCUCUACCAUCCUCGAAAUCACUUCGAACAAUCCUAACCUCAACAUCACCCUCGCCAACCUCGUGUGGGCCGAGGAGAUCAGGAUCGGCAAUGCUGCCAGCCUUGAGGUUCCUUCCCUCGAGGUUGUCAACGGCUCCAUGUACCUGGAUCAAAAUAACUUUGAGUCCUUCUCGGCCCCGAACCUGACCACUGCCGACAGGGGUGCCAUUUCUUUCACCAACAACACUCAACUCACCAACAUCUCCAUGCCCCUGCUCGAGAGCAUCGGUGGUGGUCUCACCAUUCUCAACAACACCGCUCUGGAAACGAUUACCGGUUUCCCCAACCUUGAACAGGUUGGCGGUGCCGUCCUGUUUGGUGGCGAGUUCACUGAGGUUGAGCUUCCUGCCCUCAACGAUGUCAAGGGUGCCUUCGACGUUGUCAGCACAAUGGAUAUCCAGGAGGUCUGCGAAGAGCUCGGAGACCUGGAGAACAGCGUGGUCCAGGGCACCUUCAACUGCGUGGGCGAAGAGGAUGAUGCCAACAAUGCCGAGUCGAGCGACGGCAAUGGUGGCAGCGGUGGCAGCGGUGGCAACAACUCGGAUGAUGACGACAGCGCCGGCAACUUGAUCCGCACCGACAUGAGCGGCCUCAUGGCCGUGGCCGCCGUUGUCGGUCUUGCCCAGCUCCUGCUGUAG